AACGCUGCCUGUCCCUACGGUGGCGGCAGGCGGCGCUAACCUUUGACCUAUCGGAAGUGAUUGCGAGGCAGCUGGCCCGGAACAGGGGGCCCUGCGAGCAGGGAGCGGAGGCAGCGAAGCCGACACAAACCAUCUUACUGUGAAAGCUGCUGUCACAAAGCAAUAAACAUUUAAUAAGGAGAGAAUGGAAAUAUGACCUUUCCCUGGUAAUAUGACUUCAUGAGGAAUGUUUAACAGCCACUUCAGAGCAAGCAAUGGAGAAGAGAAAACAUACGGUGGGUGUGAGGGCCCUGAUGCUAUGUAUGUGAAGUUGAUAUCCUCUGAUGGUCAUGAGUUUAUUGUAAAAAGAGAGCAUGCGUUAACAUCAGGAACAAUAAAAGCUAUGUUGAGUGGUCCAGGUCAGUUUGCUGAAAAUGAAACAAAUGAGGUGAAUUUUAGAGAGAUUCCAUCCCAUGUCCUAUCCAAAGUAUGCAUGUAUUUCACCUACAAGGUUCGCUACACUAACAGCUCCACGGAGAUUCCUGAAUUCCCAAUUGCACCUGAAAUUGCACUGGAACUGCUGAUGGCUGCAAACUUCUUAGAUUGUUAAAUAAAAUAAAUUAUAAUAAAAAUGUAAAACUUUUUUCAGUAUUUAAUACCUGUAGUUCAGUUAGUAACUUUUUUCAUAUAGCAUGCUGCGUAUGUGCAGUGGAGAACUGUAAAGUUCAUUGCAGAGGCAAUUAUCUUCAGAUCUGUUGCAUAGCUAUCAUUCAAUUUUAUAUUUGUUUUGCUGCUUACACAAAUAAGGCCCUUUUCACAAACAGACGAAUAAAUAAAUAUGCCAAUUA